AUGCUUUUACUUAUAGAACCACCAGGUACUAAACAUCAUAAUGUUACUGGAUCUGAUACACAACAUGGACAGCAUCUUCUGGAAUAUAGCACACCUGAAGAAGACGAAGAACCGGAUUGUGAUGAUAUAAAUCCACCAACAACUGUCGAAACAGUAGCAUCUUGCGCUCAAAAAAUUGAUCAGUUCUUGGUUGGCAAAUCGAAUUCAUGUGAGUUUUCGGAUCGAUGGAAACGUGAAUUCAGUGAACGACCGUCAUGGUGUGACGCAGAUAUGGCUUUGCAACAAAUUAAACGAGGUAAAGCACGUGGCAGUCGCGCAGCUUUAUAUUCCAGAAGCUUAAUCCAAAAAGCAUUGUUUACUUUGGGAACAUUUGUACAUCAUCAUGCUUGUCUUGUUAUAUUUACCGUUAUAAUGUUCUUCUGUUUCUGCUGCUAUGGUUUACGAUAUGUUCGCAUUGAAACAGACGUUGUCAAGUUAUGGGUAGCACGUGGUGGUCGUUUGGAAGAAGAACUUAAUUUUCUUUCAAGAAUAGAAAAGUCAAGUUCAGACAAAGCACAUGGUGAAACAGGUCUUGGUGGUGCUUAUCAGGUUGUGAUACAAACUCCUACAGUUGAAGGUGAUAAUAUACUUACUCAAGAAGGUUUAUUAGAACAUGUUACAAUUUUGGAAGAAAUUGCGAAGUAUAAAGUGAACGUUGCUGGCGAAAAUUGGACCCUUGCUGAUCUGUGUUUCAAACCACCAGCACCAAAAAUAGAUAAAUUAUUUGCGGAAUUUGUACCACUUAUUGAUAAAAUAAUACCAUGUAUUUGGAUUACACCAAUUGAUUGCUUUUGGGAGGGAUCAAAAGCAAUUGGACCACAUCCCAGUAUUGAAAGCAGUUCGCUCGGUUUUGGGAAAGAAUUUUUGACAUCAUUAUCAAAUAUGGACACUUUAUCAUGGUCGAAUAUUGAUCCACAAGCGCUGCUGGAUGAAUUGGCCGAGAUUUUGGACCUGGGUGAUUUCAACAGUUUUUUCCAUCGAGCUAACAUAGGCAGAGGUUAUCUUGAUCGAUGGUGCAUCGAUCCACUUAACACGGAAUGCCCAACUGGAUCACCAAAUCAUUUUGCUUUUUGUGAUCUCAUCGCUAGAUUUUUGGAAUAUGCCAAGAAACAUGGUUUUGAAGUACCAAUUGAUCCCGAAUAUCUUCAUCGCGAGGAAAGAAAGAAGAACCAGGAAGAUGAAUACAGUAUUUUCCCUUUCUUCGGCAUAAGACAAAAGAGAAGUCUGAAAAAGUCGACUGAUAAUUAUUUAAACCUAGACGGAACGUCAAAUGAUGCAAAUCGAUCUGAACUUUCCUUUAACGAUGCUGAAGCCAUCAAAACAAAUAUAACGAAACUUGAGACUGUUCAUUUUCUUUCAAAACUUACCGGAAAUAGCACGAACAAUGAACAGGUUGGAACUUCUACAGUGGGAAGCAAAUCUGUCGGAUUAUUGGAACCGUUAAAAAUAACAACUCCAAAUCCAAAGAGAGGUUCAAUCGCUUAUCAAGAUGACAAUGAUUUUCUGUAUGAAGAUGAUGAAGAUAAAGAAAUUAAUUUAAAUGCUGAACUUUGCGCGAAAUAUGCACGAUCUUUUUCGGAAUGGCUUCGGAAUAAUACGGAUAAAUGGCAUGAGCUCCUUAAAUUGCAUGAAAUGCCUUUACUUCCUAAUUACGGUGAAGUAAUGACCGGUGGCUGUCGUAGUUUUGCCAAAGAUGUUAUGUCAUGGCCACAGGAUUUGAUUAUUGGUGGCGUUAGGAUCAAAAAUGGUACAAUUGAAAGUGCGGAAGCUUUGCAAAGCGUGUUCUUGGUUGCUUCUCCUACUGAUAUAUAUAAUCGUUUUAAGGAUGGUGAUAGGAUUUAUUCGAAACGAAAUUUAAAUCUAACACAAUGGAAUGUAACUGUGGCAGAAACUGUGAUCAAAACAUGGCAGCGUAAUUUUACCAGAAAUUUAUACAAUCAUCAAUCGAAUUUUAUUAUUGACCAGAAAAGUGAUGCGAAAAUUGUUCAUCGUCGCAUACAUCCAUUAGCAUCGACAUCAGUAACCGAUAUGCUAGAACAAUUUUGCAAAUUCAAUUAUAGCAUCAUUUUUAUUGGAUACUUUCUGAUGUUGAUCUAUGCAUUACAAGCUCAAAUGAAAUGUCAUGGAUGCAUGCUAGCUGUUGAUUCAUGCAUAGGUUUGGCCUUUGCUGGUGUCUUAACAGUUACCUUUGCAUCGAUCGCUGGCUUAGGUCUAUCCACAUGGCUGGGUAUCGAAUUCAAUGCUGCUACUACUCAGAUAGUGCCAUUUCUAACGCUUGGUAUUGGCGUGGAUAAUAUUUUUCUCUUGUUGCAUAAUUAUCACAGUGUAAUGGAUAAUGUGAAGAAGGAUGAAGUCGGUAUAUUAAUGAAAGAAACCGGUAUGAGUGUUAUGAUGACAUCCAUCAAUAAUAUCCUUUCAUUUCUUGCCGGAACAUUGUUGCCAAUUCCCGCAUUACGUGCAUUUUGUGCACAGUCAUCCAUUCUUCUGACGUUUAAUCUUAUUGCUGUGCUUACGAUUUUCCCAGCAAUCAUAUCGAUUGAUUUAUGUCGUCGCAAAAGUUUUCGUCGAGAUAUUUGUUGUUGCUCAGUGAUAAGUUCAUUUGCAAGAGAAGGUAGUUAUAUGAUUGAUGUUGGUGUCAAACCACAUAUUCAAGAGAAAUUGACAGUUGGUGGAACAGUGCCUUCAUAUCAUAAUCUAUACUCUCCUAAUGAUCGUAGCGAUGACAUGGAGGAUGAUUUGGUGAAACCUUGGACCCUUCAUGCUUUCCUACGACAUUACUAUAUACCGUUCUUAAAAAAGGGAGUAGUUAAAAUAUUUGUCAUAUUGACUUGCUUAUGCUUGUUAUUUGCCGGAUUAAUUGGAUUGCGGAACACUACGUUUGGUCUUGAAAUGAGCGAUGUGUUGCCUGAUCAGACAGCACCGGCUGCUUUCUUGAAAGCUCGGGAUCGUUACUUCAGCUUUUAUCCAAUGUUUGCUGUAUUACGUGGACCAGGCAUUGACUAUGCAAAAAAUCAACACAAAAUCGAUGAUUAUCGUUUAACUAUUGGCAGUUCUCCUUUCGUUGUAAAAAACAGUGAGAAGGAACCAAGCGAGAGAUAUUGGUUAUCAAUGUUAAGGAUUUGGCUGCAGAAUUUACAACAAAAGUUAGAUCAGGCGAUAGCUGAUGGUUUGAUUGAUGCUUCAACGGGUACAAUUGCGGGUGAAGGAACCGAUUUUGUGGGAGAAACUGAAAAAUUAUCGACUGAUGUCAAUAUUGCUUAUCGAUUAGCAUGUAGCUAUGGAUACACGUAUAACUGUACCGGUCGUAUUGGAAGAGUACGUUUUGUAGAUGAAAGUGGAACAAUUAAUAUGGAAAGUUUUUACAACUACUUAACAGCUUGGUAUAAUUCUGAUAAAAUGAUGUAUCAUGUAUCACUUGCUUCAUUCAUUCCUUCACCACCGGAAUGGACGAUUGAAAAUAAAACUCGUUUGAUUCCACCAGCAGGUCCAUUCGAGUAUAGCCAAAUACCCUUUUAUCUUACAAAUCUAUCCAGUACACCAGUUAUCAUCGAGAUGGUUAAAGAGAUUCGUGCUAUUUGUGAUGAAUUUACUGCUAAUGGUCUGCCAAAUUUCCCCACUGGAGUUGCAUUCACAUUUUGGGAACAGUAUUUACAUCUGAGCGGCAAUCUUUUCCAAGCUAUUUGUGUAAUAGCAUUUGCUGUAUUCUGCGUGAUUUCUAUUAUUAUAUGCAAUCCAUGGGCUGCCGGCAUUAUUUUGAUAAUUUUGCUGCUAAUGACAGUCGAACUCACAGGUUUUCUUGGUUUAGUUGGUAUCAAACUGAAUCCUAUCUCAGCUGUAACAGUUAUUACUGCCGUUGGUAUUGGAGUGGAAUUUACAGCACAUGUUGUGCUGGCAUUUUUGACAUCACUUGGUACUCGAAAUGAUCGAAUGGCAUCCUGCAUCGAUCGUGUUUUUGUUCCUGUUAUUCAUGGUGCUUUCUCGACACUGCUUGGAAUUAUUAUGCUUGCUUUUUCGGAAUUUGAAUUUGUUGUGAAAUAUUUUUUCAUAGUAAUGACAGCAUUAAUUUUUAUCGGUGUUAUCAAUGGUCUUGCUUUGUUACCAGUUUUACUUUCACUUAUUGGACCACCAUGUGAGAUUGAACCGUUGGAUGGAAGCCAUCGUUUGUCUCCUCCACCACCGCUACAACGACGGAUACAACGGACAGUGCAAGAAUCACAAGUACAUCGACGUAACUGUUCAGAUGAUAGUAAUACUGCCACUCUUGGUUCUGAAAAUUGCAGUACAAUGCUACUAAUAUCGCCACCGCGAAGUGGUAAUGGUGGUUUAUCGGGUGCACCACGACUGGUUCCAAAUAGUCAUGCUCGGUCCGCAAGUGCUCAUAUCGUAUAA